AUGCAUGAAAUCAUUUCACGCUCCUAUAAAUUUUGGAACUAUGUUCCGUCACUGCCUGCGGCCGUCAUCUUUAUGCUUAUAUUCAUGAUCCUGACUGGACUUCAUUCUUGGAAGUUAUUCACGAUGAGAACAUGGUUUUGCAUCUCUUUCACUCUAGGUGGCUUGUUUGAAAUAUUAGGAUACAUAGGCCGUUGUGUUUCACAUGGUAAUACCACCGGCAUGGGGCCAUAUAUCUUGGCAAACAUAUUCAUUCUACUCGGUCCUACGCUCUUCGCCGCCUCCAUUUACAUGACCUUAGGUCGUCUUAUUCGUCGCAUCGGAGGAGAGCACCUUUCAGUCAUUCGUGUCUCGCGUUUGACAAAGACUUUUGUCUGGGGCGACGUUUUGUCUUUCAUCGUCCAAGGCAAUUCCUCAUCUCUCUCGGUCCUGGGGUAUACUACAUGGGCAAAGGUUGCAGUCAUUGCUGGAUUAGCAAUCCAACUUAUCUCAUUUUCCAUUUUUUGGCUCACGGCCAUAAUCUUUGAGAAACGCAUCAACCGCUCGCCUACCCCCGAAUCUCUCCUUCCCGGGAUGCCCUGGAAGAAGUCAUUGAAUAUGCUAUACGCUGUUAGUGCUUUGAUUAUUAUUCGCUCUGUUUUCCGCAUUAUUGAAUAUGUCCUUGGAAACGACGGCUACCCCUUGUCACACGAGUGGACGCUUUAUAUAUUUGACUCUGCGCCGAUGGCGAUUGUCAUGGUUAUUUUCUUCAUUUGGUAUCCCAGCGAUAUAAAGCCGACGAAGGAUCUUGAGGGAAGCAUGCCCCUUGCAACUAGCUAUUCGGAGGUCUGA